AUGACUAAUUCCUUUUCAUCACUCCUUCGCAAUGAAAAGUCCUUCAGAAAUAGCUUGCUUACACAAUACUGUUUUGUUCCAUUUGAAAAGACUGGAGAUUCUUCUGGUCCUUCAGUAUGGAAGGAGACAGACCUUGAGAGUGUGUCAGGAGUUUUUUCAGACCCCAACGGUCCUAUCCAAGUGAUUUUCUCCUUUCUUUCAAUGAAAGAGCUUUGGUGGAAGAUUCGUUUUGUGUGUAAAUGUUGGUUCAAGUAUUGUCUUUACUCCAGAACCAAAAUGGAUUUUGAUGGACUUUCGUUGGAGAAUUUUCUAAUGAGUGAUCCCAAAGUCAAUGCUGGUAACCUUUUACAUGCGUUCAAUGAUUUAAUGUGUCAUUUGUGUUGGAGUGAACAGUUAUCAGCAGGACGUGUUGAUCGAAUGUCCAAUUUCCAAUCUUUAAACAUUACAUUGUACCAAUCGGAAAAAUCUUAUGAUCUCUCUGUUGCAAUGACUGGUGAACACUUGGAAGAACUAACAGCAUUGCAUGGAAACACUUUGAAAGAACUUUCUCUUAACGGAAGAUCUAUGAUUUCAAAAGAGAAUUUGAAACAAGCGUUGACGAAUCUUCCAAUGCUUGAAUCACUGACUAUUAUUGACAGCUAUGCCAUGGAUCAUGAAUUGUUGUAUUAUUUGUUGCCCAAUGUGAAACAUCUGACAGUUAAGCGCUGCCCUUUCUUUUUUAGGGAAACAACACGAACCACAAGAGAACUCAAAGAAACCAAACUGAAUCACUUGAAACAUGUAUGUUGUGAAGAACAAUACACAGAGGCCAUUGUCAACUCAAGUGUGAACGAUUGCAACGAUUUUGUGGUCCAUUGGGUACGGAAUACGAAUAUACAUCAUUCAAAAGAACCACAUGCAAGGGUCUCCAUUGGUACGCUUGUUCUAAAUCCUUCUCUUUUCUUCAGCGAGGAUCUUGAAGUAGAUGCACAACUCGUGCAACUCAAUGUAAAGCAUAUGGGUGACUGGAGAGAAGCACUUUACUUUGCUUGUUCGUAUGUAACAUCAAAACCUCAGGCAAACAUUCAGAUUUCGUCGAAUUGUGAGAUUGUUCUCAAGCGUUGUUUGGAGGUUAUGAAAUGGAAAGAAAUUAUUGACAUUGCAACUGACGAAGAGAGAACCGCCAUGAAACGGACCAGAAAACAGUAUCGUCAAUUGUUGCGUUCAAUGUUUGAACCAACAAACGCAACCGAAAUGAGCAAAGACUCUUACAAAUGUUCUUAUGAAAAGAUAUUCAAUUUUCUUAUUAGUAACCAACUCAUUCCAAAAGGAUCUGUCUUUAACAAUGAAUAUCGAAGUAAGGAACCUGUUUCUAUUCAUGACGUAUGUCAGGAGUAUAGAGUUUAUUUCUUGGAAUCUUUGAAAAAACGUAAGCAUGAAGUUUUUAAAGAGAUUGGGGCAGAAAUGAUGAUCGGUUCAACAGAAGUAAUCAGAUCAUGGUAUUACAAGUUGAAUCAGGAACCCUCGAUCAAACUUCGCAAACUAGACAUCUUGGAGGAAAAAGAUGAGAGGAAGGAUUUUGUAAACGAUGAAAAAGAUGAGAAUUCUCACCUUGCUCUGAAUUCUCAUCCACCAAAAGUGCAAGAAUUAGAAGAAUCAGACGAACACUCAGCCAUGGUCGACAAUGAUCUGGAAUUUGAAUGCAACAUUACCGAAAUUUGA